CAACACUGGGAAACAGCUGAUGGCAAAGUGUCGCCUUCUCAUUAAGGAGAAUGAGGAGCUUGGCCGAAUGAUCUCCUCAGGUCGACUGGCAAAGCUGGAGGGUGACCUUGCUCUUCAGAGGAACUUUAGUGAGGAACUCAAGAAGUCUCAGUCUGAGUUGGAUGAGUUCCUGUUAGAGAUGGAUGAGGAUACAGAGGGGAUGCAGGGGACCAUAUACUACCUCCAACAGCAGCUGCGGCAAGCUAAGGAGCGCAUCACUCAAUUGACUGGCCAGCUUGCAGUUACACAGACUCCUGGCACCCAGGCUGCAGAUGAUUCCAGCAGCCUGAUGGCUCCAGAAGGAGCCAGUGAUGUUAACAGUGAAGCAGAACGGACAGAGGAAAGGACACAGGUGCCCCAGCCGAAUGGGGACACUUCUCAUUAUGAGCCACAGACUAAUAGUGAGGUUUCAGAUAGAGACACAGCAGCAACUCCACUGACGAACGGGCGCAAACGGACGCAGAGUGAAAUAGAUGAGGGGACAGAAGUGGCUGAAGGGGGGAAUAAUGGCACAGGGGAAGAGUAUAUGGGUGAGGCUGGUGGCAUUGCACCUAGAAAACGGACCAGAACUGACAGUGAGGCAGAGGCUGUCACUGUAAGUGGAGGAGGCGAGGAAAGCACAGUAGUGGAGAAUGGAGUGAUGGAAUCAGAAUAGGCUAUUAAGGUGGCAUUGCUUGUAGUGUUUUAUUAGCAAGAGGGUACUGUCAUGUGAAUGACCAUCAGAACAGGCAGUUACAGGAAUGGCUCUCUCUCCUUACUAGCCCUUGGUGGUAAGUUGUGUGGGCCUGGGGAUAUUUUGCCACCCUAGCCUGUUGGAUUUCAUCGGAUACUACAGUCACUGUCCAAAUUUUGUACAGACAGCUAUUAACAUUUUUGUACAGACAAUUCAGAAAUUUUACGAAAUGUGUCAACAUUGUGUAUAGGCUCAGCUGGACUCUCAGUGUACUACAGGCAGUCUUUCGUACACUGCAGGGUUCCAGAAUCUGCAUCUGCCCAUCCAGCCAAUAUACACUGCAGACAAUAACAGUGAAGGCUCAGCUGCCUGCCAGUUUGUGCUCAACAUCAAGCCCAACAUGGUGUACUUCCAGGUGUUCUUGUGUACCAUAUAUGUAUUCAGUUUUAUCCAUGGCCAUACAUGUUCUUUUUCUCUACUAUAGCUUCCAUUUUUUUAUAUACAUAUUAAGUAGGUCAUAUACCAGUGGAAAUCUUAUUUUGUAUUGUUUUAUGCCCCUUUGUGUUGUACCCCCCUUUCACACAUGGGUCAUGUUCAGUUUUCUGUUAGUCUGUAAUUUACAGUAACUUCCAUGCUUCAUACCUAGUCACAGUGACCUACUUCUUGCAUUUACCUCUGUGCUUCAUAUUUCAGGUUUUACAAGUAAUUUUUCAAUGCUCAUUGGCACACCUAUGUCUUGCCUUUUUUAUGUUUGUAUACUUUUGUAUAAUUAAUGUUAUAUAUCCCACAUGCAGCCGUAUUACAAUUCAAAAUAUGUAUUUAUUUCUUCCUUCUUUUUUCCUUUUCAAAUUGCAUGCUUUUAUGAUAAAUUUUCAUGACCAGUGCUAUUAAUAGUAUGAUUAUUUUUAUUGACAUUGUGUUUAUUAGCUAUUAUUAUUGCUAUAAUUAUCUGGUAAUCAUUAU